AGUGACGUAGCGGGGGCGCUUCCUAGCUGGAUUUCUCAGCUGAACCGAAACCAAACGCCCAAUAUCAGAAUGCAUCUGUACAGGUAAAUACCACAUUUUAUUUUUUUAUUGACCAACUCCAUUUCAAAACCAUUGUACUUAUGAUAAAGACAUUGUUCGUUUCAAAAAAAUUAAGUUUGUUUGUUUCUAUUGACAACUAACAGCGAUGUUGCAGCUUGCUAAGGUUGAUUAGCUAACGUUAGCGAACUAUUAACUUUAUCUGGUUGUCUACUAAGACGUGUUUAACUUUUGCUAAUAAACCUUUCAGCCAACAUGAUGAUAUUUACCUAAGCUUGAGAACAAUGUCAAACAUGCAAACUCAACGCUGACCCAGACCACUCCUCUUCACUAUCCUCAGCAGCAGCAAGCUAACGUAACCUUUAUUACACGUCCUUACAGAUUAUGAGGCUGACUAUGGACGUACAAGUCUUUCAUAAACACUGAAAACCAACAACGAGCUCUACGGGACUCUUUACAUUUUGGUUGUUUUUGUUGCAGUGAUCGACAGUCCCUGAGAUAACAUGGAUAAACAUUGAUUCAGACUGGAACCUCAAACCAAGUUUAGGACGUUUACAGCAAGAUAACACAAGAAGCUGAAAGGGUUAAUCAUUUCUGGUUCAGUUGUAGUCGUCUCACUCUUAGAAUAUGUUUUUGCACUCUCCCAGUAUACCCCGUAUAGUACAUUUCAGAAUAUACCUGCAAUUCUUGACUCAUAAAUAAAACUAAAAUGAAAUAAUCGGAACUGAAAUUGUUUUUUCUUUUUCAAAACUGAUCAUUGUGUAACUUAAUUCAGAUGUAAAAGAAAAAGCCAUUUGAGAUUUAAUUUUCAUAAUAUGCCCCAGCAAAUAAGUACCAAAACUCAAUUCAAAAUGUCAAUCUGAAAAUGCUAAUACAUUUCUGUUAAUCUAUUUUCAUUUGAAUUAUGAUACACAUUUGCUUCCAUAGUAUUGUCAGAUUUAUUGGUAGACUCAGGCUGUGUCUGAAAUGGAUCCCUAACCCUUAUAUAGGUGACUACAUGGGGGUUAGCGCCACUUUGAGGGGUGUCCGAAACCUCAGUGAUCAAUUCCAGUGCCCUGUAUAUGCGACUCAAAAUUUCCCAUAAAGCAUUGUGAAAUGUAGUGACCAUCCGAUGGUCACUCACCAGUGGUGGGCAUCCCGUCAUGCAUUGUGUCAUGACAUGUAGUGUCCGAAACCUCCGGUGAUUGAGUUCACUACAUAGUCUACUAUAUAGUGAAAUCCCAUAUGGAGGUUAGGGGUUAUUGAGUGAUUAAUUUCGUACACAGCCUCAGAUAAACAUAUAAGAGCAUAUUCUUUCUCAUGACAGCAGUCAUAUUCAGUAUUUACUGACCUGUGGAGCAUUUCAGAGGCUGGAGUUUGUUUUCUUGUGGACCUGUUCAGCAUCAUUUUACUGUUACAACACUGAUAUCAAGUUGGCAUCUUAAACUUAUUUUUUGAGUAGGGAGAUGUCAAACAUGUUUUUAUAGAGGUCAGAGAAACAAACAUUUAUUCUAAAGAAUCAAAAUACAGAGCUUAUUCCUUUGAAAAAAACAGAUACUGUCCAUUGUAACCAGCAAUGUGGAUGAAUUUUGUAUCAAUUAUAAAUAAAGAAUAGUUUGAGCUUAAAUUGUUUCUGUCAGGCAGUUAAGAUUCCUAGUGUUCGUAGCAACUAACUCUUGAUUAUUUGAGGUAUAUCUUCUUCACAAAUUAGCAGUUAAGUGUGAGUAAAAGAGACAAUAUAACGUUAAGGUGCUAAAUCAGACCAUGCAUCAACUCUCCAAGAGUUAAGUGUUAAAUUUACAUUUUUAUUAUCAUAUUAUUUAGUUUAAGAAAUUUGCAUCCAACCCCAUCCAACACGUUUCUCUUCAAAUGUACAUCACUUAAAUUGUGUCGCCUGAGUAUAUUUUUUAGUUUUAUUUUUUGUAUUAAAAAAAAAAUCCUUUUCUGUUCAGUCCCUUGUUGACUGGAGAUUAACUGUUUAUUUCCCAUGGUUUUUGAACCAAAACACCAAGACAAACUUCUUGUAUAUGAAACCAUCUAUGAGAACAAAGCUGAUUGGGAUUCAGACAGAGAGCAAACUAUAAUGUGGAGUUGUGACGGUCCUAAUAAGAAUAAAUGUAUUUGCCUUCUAAUUCAACACUUUUUUUAAAAUCAUAUUUGUUGUCCGUUUCUUAACAAACCCUGGCCAACUUUGUCAAAUGCAUGUGCUGCACACAUGGAGAUGACACCAAGGCAGCAGUGCUAGGAGCUGCUUAAGCUGGGAUUACACAGGCAGUGUUUAUUUAAACACACUGUCUGUUCCUCUGACAUACAGCUUACAUCAUUCACACACACAGUCAGAAAUAUCCUGAAACCCAUCCUUGCUCAAAUGCACUGAGAGUUCCCAAAGAGUGUAAUGCCCAAUAUCUUUUGUUAAUUCUGAAUUAUGACUGAUAUCCCAUAUUUUCUUUCUCUCAGGGUUGGAAUUUAUAUGAAGAGGAGAAAGCGGGGCUGCUCUCAAGCCUGAAUAGUUUUUGUCUCCCUCCAUCUGGCAUCAGUGUCUCUGCCCCUUCAGACUGGUUCUUAUCCCCCCUCCCCUCGUCAGCAUGCUGUGUUGGGGGAAUGCAAAGGAUGGACAGCUGGGUAUCGGUGUGGAGAGGAACCCCAUGUUUGAGCCCAGGAUCUGUCCUGUGUUCAGAGGCAGGGGGCUGAGGGAGGUCGCCUGCGGAGGGCAACACUCGAUGUUCCUGUUGCAUGAUGGGAGUGUGUACACGUGUGGCUCCAACAGCUGUGGACAGCUUGGCCAUGAUAAAACAGGGAUAUCACCAGGUAAGUUUACCCUCGGCAAAUUGUGACACAAGCCCACAUUAGGCAUCGAAUAUUUGAUUUAUGUCGACAAUAUAUUUAAGACAAUGGUGCAAUGUAUAGGAAUGCAAAAGAAUGUUGAGUGACAGACAUAAACACUGUAUAUAUAAAAUAAAUAUAUAUGUUUCUUGAUCAACAUUUCUCUUCUCUCCACAGAGUUGGUAGGAGCUCUGGAUACUCAGAAGAUCACAAUGGUGUCGUGUGGUCGAACCCACUCCAUGGCAGUGAAUGAGCAGGGUCAGGUGUUUGCUUGGGGGGCUGGUGAAGGGGGCCAGCUGGGCCUGGGGACCUCGGAGAUGGCUGUACGAAUACCAAGGUGAGCAGGCAGUGGACUCCUGAAGAAAAUGAAUAAAUUAAAGGUUAGGAUGUAGUGAACUGAUGAGACGGGAUAAAGGUAGUUAUGAAGGAAAAUGACUGUAUAUCAUUUUCUUACAGUUAAUCUUUCAGUGAAUAAACAUAAAUUUUCAUGUGUCAACAAAAAUAAAAGAUUGAUUUUAUUCAGACACUCCUUGAGAUUGAGUCGUAAUUCAAUGUUAUUGUUGAAUGCCCCUGACAUCUUAUCACAAGAAAAAGACCUGGAGUUUCGUUUAGGCCAUUUUGUGGUUUCUCUACAAUUUUGUAGAGCUUAGAUGUGACUUUUUAGUAAAAAAGACAUGAUUUCAUAAAACUCCUGUUUCGAGUAUUGUCAUCUGGACUGAUUAAGGGUUUUUGUUUUUUUUCUAGGUUGGUCAAAAGGUUGUGUGACCACCGGAUUUCUCAAGUAAUGUGUGGGAAUCAGCACUGCAUUGCACUUUCAAGAGGUGAGAGGCAAAUAAACUCUGCGUUGCAUAAAGCACUGCUUAGAUCCUGUAUUAAUUUGGUUUACACCCAGGUCAGACCAAUGACUGCCUACAUUUUCAUCUUUAUCCUCUUACAAUCAUGUUAACUGGUAACAAUCAGCUGUGCAGAAAAGAUAAGAAACUCUUUUCUUAUCUUUUCUGCACAGCUGAUUAUUUUUAUUUCUUCUUUUUGGUUACUAUGACAACUGGUGUAUUUUCACCAUGGAUUGAGAGUGAUAAACAGAGACACUUAUCACUCAAACAUUCACCACAAACACUGCAAGUCACACAUAAAAUGUUUUUUUGAAACACCGUACUAACAGACAGAUCUGCAGAGUAUCAGCUCGUUUCUGGAAAUAUUUCAUCCAUUUGAGAGGACCUCGAAGCACAUCUGCAGGAGCAAUUCAAGUGCAGUGACAAUGUUUGAACAUUUCUCGGUCUCUCAUCUCUUGAAGAUAUAUUUUUGUACCAUCUUGCCUUUAUUUAGUAACGAUGUAGAGUGACAGGAAAAAGGAUUCUCCAAGAGAGAUCUAGAUCCUUUUUAUAUCUGGGGAUGGAAUUCAUUACAAUUUUACAGACAGCACAACUUAACCAAACACAUUUAACAUUUUUGCCUCUGACAGUGGUGAACAUUGUAGAUGCACAGCUAACUGCUUUUUUUCCUCCCAGAUGGCCAGCUGUUUACGUGGGGCCAGAACACCAGCGGUCAGCUUGGUCUGGGGAAAGGAGAGUCCAGCAAGCUGUUCCCUCAUCCCCUCAAGUCUCUGGCAGGGAUUCCUUUGGCACAGAUAACCGCCGGGGGAGACCACAGCUUUGCUCUCUCACUGUCCGGAGCUGUUUUUGGAUGGGGAAAGAACAAAGCUGGACAACUGGGUCUCAAUGACAAACAAGGUAAUAGGCAGCUUGACACUGUUUUUUUAAACACUUACAGGAUGUAUUGUUAUUUUCACGUGACAUUUUUAAAAUAUAUAAUUUAAAACUUAAAAUCAGUGUCUGCAUAUAAACAAGCUUCAGUGGAUUAAGUAUUUUACCUGCUGUUAUUUGUAUUUUAAAAGUGUGUUAUGAGUGGUUACAGUUGGCCAUGUUGAAGGAGGAACCACCCCUGUUUUUGAAAUGGUUGUAUUGUACUGCAUAGUUGAACUUCUGCCAGAUUGGUAGCGUUGUGGAACAGCGUGAACUUUGCUCUCUUGUUCUUGUCCCCAGACCGUGCUGUGCCAUGCCACAUCAAGUUCUUGAGAUCUCAAAAAGUUGUUCACAUCAGCUGUGGGGAUGAACACACUGCAGCCCUGACAAAGGUAUAUUAAUAGAUGACUGCCAAUCAGUGCUCAGCAGCUAAAGACCUAAAUAAAGUUGUUUUAUCAGGCUGCUCCUGAUUGCAUACUUUUAAAUGUUUGAUGGCCAGGUAAGGUUUUUAGUUGUUGCUCAGUUUUUUUAAGCUUUUUUUGUCUUGCUGUGUAAAGACUUGCCUCGUGUUCCAUGUGAAUAUAUCAGUUAAUAUGACCUUAAUUCCACAAAUGAAAUCUAAGUCUUAUGUAACCCUAAAUCUUAUUAUGAUUAUCCUCCCUGCUGUUUUUGUUGUUUUGACUGUAUGCUCCUCAGUGCAGAGAAUCGCUCUCAGACAAUAGAAACAAGAAAAAAAUUGCGUUGUCUCUUUUUCAGGAUGGUGGUUUGUUUACAUUUGGUGAUGGCUCCUGGGGUCAGCUGGGUCAUGGCUCCACCAAUAAUGAACUUCUGCCCAGAAGAGUGCUGGAGCUUAUGGGCACUGAGGUUUCUCAGAUCAGCUGUGGCAGGUACCCAUUGUCAGAGUCACUCCAUCUGAAAUGAUUCUGCUCAAGUCUAUCUCUUUAAAGCUUUAAGUGUGGCAGAAAGUUUUUCAAAAUUAUCUUCAUGGUGCUUUUUGAAGCUGGAUUAACAGGGGUUGUUGUUUUGAAUUACAUUAACUUAAUUACAUAAAGAUUUUUCCAUCUCAUUGACAUACAUGAGAACAAGAUCAGAAUCAAGGUCAAGUGAUGUGCCCACUUUAAUGCCCUUAUUUUGUCUCAGCAAUUAACAUAGUUGGAUUGACAAAGCUUUAUAUGUUAAGAUGUUUAUUUUUCUUGAAUAUCUUUCAACACUCAUUCUAGAAAUGUAAUUACAUAUAACAUCCCAACAUAAGCUAAAGUCUUACCUUUUCUGACACAGCAUUAACAAACAGCUAAUAUAUAAAAAUCUAAACAAGCUGCCUUUGUUUCUUUAUAUCCACAAUGUUAUUUUAAUCUCUUUCAGGCACCACACACUCGCGUUUGUGCCGUCCACUGGUGUGGUGUAUGCAUUUGGUUGCAACAGCCACGGUCAGCUGGGCACAGGGAUGAUGGGGGAUGCUAGAAGUCCAUUUCCUGUUAAGGCCAGUUUCCUAACUGGGAAUGCCAACAAAACAGGUCAGCAGAAGACUCUGAUGUCACUUAAAAACAAGCAUUUUAAAUGGCUUUCAUGAUAGACUGGGCUAUUGCAUAUUCUAUUUUCCUUACUAUACCACUUACUGAUGUACAGCGCUCAUAGAAUAGAAAACGUUUUACUCAAUCAACCAAACAAACCAGCUAAUAUCUACCCAAGUUUAGGUUGUUGUAAAACUCCGAGCUCAGUUGAAUGUGACAUAUUCUGAUAGUAUCAGUUGGUGUGCUGGUCAUAUGAAGAUCUGUUAUAAGCUUGACAUAUUUUGUUCUUUGUUUCUUCUCUUAAUUAGAAUUAAAGCAUUACACAAUGACCAAAAUCAUCUGUGGAGGGGACCACAGUUUCUUAUUGUACUCCACUGAACAGGUAAGUGAUUUAGCUUUAUUACCUCCUCUGUUCUAGCCUUACUGUCUCUCAGUCUGCUAGCUUUAAAUAUGUCUUUAACUGGUUCUUCUUUUAGUCUUGUUUUUUUCCAUCACUUGUCUUUUCAAAGCAAACUAAUGAGCGUAAUUGAAUAAUUUUAUUGUACUGCACACACACUGCUUAAUCCAAAGUCGGAGAACAUGCGGUGGGAAAAAUCUCUGAAGUUUUACAGUAAUCAUCGGUGCUGAACUCUAAACACAAAGGCAACCCUGACAAAUGUAAACAAAAAAAGGUCAUUCAAAAAAAGUAAAAGAAAAAGAAACAAUUGAUAGUAUUUCAUUAAAAAUUGAGUAUUUAGUGUUUUAAAAACUUACAGUCAAACUUUUACAACUAAACUAACUAAUUUCAUCAAAGCCCUUUAUAUUCUUACCUUCAGUUCAAAAUCACCUUCAAUCAAAGAAACCUACAGAGAAAAUGUUCAAAUUUACUGGUGUGUCAGUGAAAAAAAGGAGGGAUGCUGUUUUUUUUUUUAAUUUCUUAAAUUUGACCACAGACUGGACACCAGGGUGUUGGAUGAUUAAAAAAAAUGGAGAAUAUUAAACCUCAAACCCUUCCUUGGUCCUGUUUAGCCAGUUCCAGUGUCCACCACAUGGUGGCACUUCCAUCUAAGACAUAAAUGGGCUCUAUGCAGAAGUAACCUAUACGGAGAGCAGUUGUCUGCUACAAAUUUUCAACAAAUUGUCAGGAAUGUGCUCUGAUAACGACAUAACAACCAACUUCUACAGUAAAAACAUUCAGCCCUCAGGCGUGGCUCAUUUAUUUUAUCUACAUAGAGGGUAGAGACUCAACACAGACCUCUGUGACGCUCUGAGGAAGUACGAAUGCAAACAAUCUUCAAAUAUUUGUGCCAUCAUGUGUCUGUUUGUCUUCCUCUCUGUAGAGUUUUGUCCCCCCAGAAGACUUCAGAGUGAUAAACGUCAGUAAAAGCCUCUCCCCAAUCACGUAUGAAAGAUUAGACUCAUGGAGGUUAAAACUGAUGUACAGCCCAGAUUCCAGCAUCACAAAGUAAGUUCAACAAUAAAGACAGAUCUUUGAAAAGUUCUGUGAUUUACUUUCCUGUACUCGAACACACUGAUUCCAUCCAAUAAACUAUAUAUCAGGUUUUUUGUUUCUGUUCUUGUUGAUGUGAUAUUUUUGUUCACAGUGACAUCAUAAUCCAACUCUCCUCCACGGCUUGUUGGAACGCCAGCUUCUUGGACCAAAGGCAAGUUAACGUUAUCAUCAGACAUUAUCCAAUUUAGCUUUGAAGUCAUACAUUCUCUCCACUUACACUGCAUUUAUUAAGUAGCCAUACAUACAUUUAACUUUUUAAGGUUCAGAUUUAUGAUGAAUUAAUCAUCAAAUCUUAUGACAGAAAUUAAUUUUUCACUAAGUGAACUGUUUUGAAAUUUUCCCCUUGAACCCGUGAUAUUGAUUAGCUGAAGGAAGCUAACAGUAAAGACAAGUUUAACAAUAGGAAUUUCAGCAUGUAUGAUAUUUAAAGUAAAUUUCAGUGGGAUUAAGCGUAGAUUGAAAAGAAUUAUGAAACAGAAAAUGAAAACAUAGAGUAUUAUACAACACACAAUGAAUGACAUGGCCAAAUGUAUAGAGUGAUAGAUAAGCUAGUGCUCUUAGAAAUGUUCCAGCUGAGAUCCCACUGCACCCACAUGCAGGUCACACACACACUUCUUCUUAUGUUGAUGGUCAGGGCUGAGAAAGAUGUUGUCUGCAUGGUCACUGACUGUUCUCACCAUAACACUGUGAAGGGCAGUGAUGCAAUCAUCAGCAGAUACUUAUCAUGUUGGAUGUAUUGAGUUCUGUGACCAUGAGGGUGGAAAAAAGCUCCCUGUGAGUGUGAAGAUGUACUCAAUUCUGCGACUAGUACUGAAACAAAUGUUCCUUUUACAUCAGUGCUGAACAGUUACUGUAAUACCUCAGUAAAACUUAGAGACACUUUUUUUUUUGCGUAGCUUUUAUUACAUGUUCACUUGAAUUCAUAUGGGACCACAACAGCCCACCUGGUUCUUUGAAAGCACAGAGUUCUCAGAAUGUUGUGGGUCAGUGCUAAAUCUCACAGAAUACUGUUUGCAUCAGUGGGUCUUGUUUGGCAAACAGUCCGCCCAGUAUCAGAUGUGAUGUAUCUGUAUUAUGACUAAAUAAAGGUGAUGUUAUCAGAACGUGAAGGCUGAUACCGUAAAUAGGUGCUGAGCUCUGUCCAGAGGGUUUUGUUGGCUUUGUGCAGGAGACGGCACAAGCUCUCUGGCUGUAAAGAUCUUCAUAGAGAUUGACUGAAAUACCUUCAGGAUGGCUCUGCUCUGUUAGUGUUUACCAUUCAGUAGAUUCAGUUCACAGCUGACCUCCCACAUGUCAGGGUUUCAGUAGACUGCUUUUUUGUUCAAGUAACAUGCACCCUUAAUAUCAAGGCUUUACCAUAAAGCUCCUGAAUCUGAGCAGUCACCUAUUUUUACCCUGUUAGUGGUCAAAGAGAUAUUUAAGAGGGUCCAAAUAUACUCAUGUUUGUUUGCCUUCCCCCUAGUGAUGAUGCACACUUCAAGACCAACCCAAAGAUCCCAGGCAUCGAUCUCAACUCUGUCAGAAUGCUAUUUGAGACGCUUAGCAAACCAGCUUUCUCUGGACUCUUGGAGCAGGUACUGACUCAUGGUGUAUUUAUAAUAUUAUUACUACAUAGUAAUGACAGUAUAAUUCAUUUUUGAUCCCCAAACUCAGUUUUCAUUUAUUGUAGCACCGCUAAAUGAUGCUUCCUACUGUUGCUCUUUCUUAAUCAAAAUAAAAUAAAGAGACAUGAAGAUCAUGGAUGCUAUGAUAUUUGUUAUAUUCUUAUGUUUAAGAGUGCCCCUUUCCGGAAAAUAGAUACCAAAAUCAUCACACAGGUUUUGUCUCAGGCUUUGGGUCCUACUUCAUUUAGUCAUCUCAUCUAUAAAGCUGAACUUAACUCUUAUUUAAUUAUCUUUCAGGUUAUCAUUUUUUAAACUUUUAUAGCCCCAAACCUUAAUGUUGUAUUUUGCUGUUGCUCUUGUUUAAAAAGAAAACAAAUAUACACCAACAGUAUAGUGCUUUCCCAGUGAUAUGUGGCAAAAGUUAAGAACAUGAUCAUCCAGCUGGGUGUCUAAUAUAUCAUGUUAUGGAGCAGACCACAGGUAUUUCUCUUAGAGUUCCUGAAGACUGAAAAAGAGUUUUAAGUUCAGCCAAAAAUGUAAAAUCUCCCUUUCAUCAAGGUGUCAGAAACCUCAUGAAUAAUGUUGCUAUUUGUCUUCUGGGUUUGAAAUAACUGAAUAAAACUUAAUGUUCUUUGUAACAAGGUAAGUUUUUUUUAUAACAUCACAGGUUUACAACAACAUAUUUGAAGCCAAAUGAAUCUAAUUUGAGUUGAAGCAAAAUGUACACAGCCUUUCUCAAAAAUGAACCCAGGAUUAAAGGUUGCCACUCAAAGAAAUAAAACCCCUAACUCAAACUUCAUAACUUUUUAUUCUAAAAAGUUUUCAAACACAAAGAGCAGAAUAUUACACAAUUCGGUCUUAUUCCUCGAGUGUUCCUUGAGUUCAUACUUAGUAAAAGUUGUAUUACCUUCCUGUUUGGCUUUUUCUUCCCAUAAUGCAAAAAAAGGUGAAACAUUACAUGUGAUCAGGCGUCUUACUUGUUAUACAUUUUAAAAUAAAUGAAACACUGUCUUGUUUUCCGAGUACAUUUGGUUAUGUGGCAGAUCAUGAGUCAUUCCCUUACAUUAGCUCAGUAAUGUUUGGUUCAUGCUUCUUAAAACAGCAUGAGUUGUAAUCUGUGGAGAGACAGAUGCCAAAUUCCAAACCACUAAAAGCCUCUCCCAAAAUUUAUUCAGUGAUACUUCUUCCUUGUUUCCUUGUUAUCAUGGAAAUAAAUGGUGUCAUAUAAGAUCCUCUUGUUUAUUUGUUUUUGCUCGUAUCUUUCAACUGUGACAGUACACAACAGUGACUCUUGUUUCUAUGUAAUUAAAGAUAUAAAUAUACCGACUCUCUCCCUCUUCCUCUGCCCAACUGUCUAUCCAGACCAGCAAGAGUUUUGAGAGUCUGUUGAUCCCUCAGCUGCCGCGUUCCCCUCCUGAUGUUGAGGCCAUGAGGAUUUACCUCAUCUUGUCAGAGUACCCGGCCCUGCAGGACUCCAAGAACUACAUUCGCCUCACUAUCCCGUUUGCCAUGGCCAUCCUUCGGCUGGAUGCCAACCCCAGCAAAGUAUUGGGUAUCAUACUUGCAUGCACACUCUACAAGCCGUUUUUUAUUUCAUCCAGAUGACCUCAUAGCUUAUAACACAGAUCAUCAGGCCAUGUCGAAGCCAUCAUGUGACAUCUCACCAUAAACCUUUUUAUCUGUACUCUCUCAGCAACAUGAGCACAUUCAUGUAACCUGGGGUGUUUAAGUCAUUGUCUGUGUGAUCACAGAUGACAACUCGCUACUACUCGUUGGUGGGUACUUAGCACACGCUAGUGACAGAGUUCGGUUUGGAGAGGAACAAGACUGUUUUCUUUUAAUAUACAUUUAUUAUAAUAUGUGAGAUUUACGGGAGAAUAUGGAAGACGGCAGGAAAGAGGGGUAAAAUACGGUAGUUUCCCGGCCAAAACAGGAUACUAGUCAGCUUUGCUCUACAUCUACAUAUAAAGAUAAUAAAUACUAUAUUGGCCCUGAUUCUUUACAUUAAUUACCAGGGUGCUUAAAGACACAUGCUCACUAACACUCACACCUACAAGUUGACACCUCUCCUCUCAAUGCAUCAUUAUCCUACAUGUUUGUGAAGUGAAUGUAUAGAAGUAGAAGCCUAAAGAUACCUAAACUAUAAAUACAUAAAUUACUUAUUAUGUAAGACAGUCUACUUUGAGAAUUGUGAAGUAUCUUGUUGGACUGGGAUUAUGAAUGUAAAUGUAAAAAUAUUUUCUAAAACUGAAAGACAUUUAGUAAUUUCAAACACCGUUAUCAACUUAAAUAUUGAUACUUAAAUACCUCUAAACACUCGUUUUAAUGCAUUUAGUUUCAUUCCAGUGUUGUCAAAAUGGGUUACAGUGUGCUUUUUCCUUUGUAAAUCUGUUGUGUCUUUAUCUGCAGAUAACUGGUGGUGUUUUGUGGAUGGCAACGUGUUCACCAGGAUGGUUGACAUGUACAAAAGCAUCGUUGUGUUCAUGCUGACUGGAGGAAAGACGCUGCUCGUACCUGUUUUCUAUGAGAACUAUUUUGUUGCCACGCUAAGGUUGCUGGAGAAACUCCAUAAGGUAUCAACACAGAUGAGCUACUGCUGCAUUUAAGAGAUCUGUCCCACUGUUGCCAACUCAGGCUUGUUUUAGAAGAGGAAGUUUGAUGUGUUUGUUUCCGUGUCAUCAGGUAAACUUAAAGGCCCACCAUGUGGAGUACAACCGCUUUUAUAUCCCCGACAUCACCACCCUGGUGGACAUCCAGGAAGACUACCUCAAAUGGUUUCUGAGUAAAGCUGACAUUGUGAGUCCUGACAACCUUCCAUUAUGUUUCACUUCCUUGUCACUUGACAUCUGCUGAGUCUUUUCACACUCUUAAGGAUACACACAUACUCAUAAUUCAGGUCAGCUUAGUGUCUGUUGGGUUAGAGUGAAAUAUUAUCCAUAACAACUCAUUUGUGUGUGAAUGUUUGGAAGUUCUCGAUAUUGAAUUUUAUUUUAAGUGAAGAGUCGAGCUCUUACUGUUGAAUUUUAUGCUUAUAUUCUAACAGCAGCAUCGUUCUGUUAAAAAUCAGCUGAAGUGACUCUUCUUUCUCCCUCAAUUUGCAUUCUUAGAAAGUUGGAUCAUCCCCUUCACAGGUACUUGAUUCAUGGACUGAUAUCGAACAUUUAACAUGACAUGACGCUUUAAAGAAAUAUCAGUGCAGAAGUCAAAUUUUCCCUUUCUCUUCCAGAGUGACUUCCCCUCAGUGAACCUAUGUGCCUACCCGUUCAUACUGAACGCCCAAGCCAAGACAACCAUGCUGCAAACAGAUGCUGAACUGCAAAUGCAGGUAGAUCCCAAUGUGAACCGAGUUUAAAUACUAUCAAAGGAGUCAGUGGAUUUGUUACAGUCAAGAAUCAGAUUGUUUUAAUAUUUCUUCAUCCUCUCUCUUUUUUGUUGUACCGUUUUAAAGAUGGCAGUCAGCGGUGCAAACUUGCACAAUGUCUUUAUGCUGCUCACGCUGGAACCCCACCUUGCUAGGAACCCUUACUUGGUGCUCCAUGUGCGCAGGAACCAUUUAGUUAGUGACACACUGCGUGAGCUCACCAUGUACUCCGAUGUGGAUCUCAAGAAACCACUCAAGGUAUGAGCGUUGACCGGGCAUGUGGUUCUUUUUAUGUUGACGAUGGUUCAAAUCUCCUCUGACUCUCCGUCCUUCAGGUGAUCUUUGAUGGAGAGGAGGCCGUAGACGCUGGUGGGGUUACUAAAGAGUUCUUCCUGCUGCUGUUGAAGGAGCUGAUGGAUCCAGUUUAUGGGAUGUUCACUCAUUACAAGGAGUCCAACCUGCUGUGGUUCUCAGACAAAGUGAGCCACUCUGUGAAGCAACAUUCCACCUGUAUACUUGUGAUUUAAAAACUAUUAUGUUGCAUCAUGUUCACUCUUAGUGGACAAGCAGUCACAACUGUUCAUUUGAGUAUAUCACUGUGUGAAACUGAGGGCUAGAGAGAAAGAAGAAGAACUUUCUUGAUCCCUGAAGGGAAAUUCAACAGUACACCUGGAAGAAAAUGCAACAGGAAAGAUAAAUAUCUGAUAUGGAUUUUUGUUUUGGAGUUUUUCCUUUAUUUUCUGUCAUUUUUUAGACUCAUGUCUCACGUUGUCUCAGUGAGGCUGAAAGAAAUCUCCAGCACAUGUGUUUUGGCUGUAUUACAACCCACAGCUGUGUUUUCUACAAAUGUGAGCUUGUCCUGCUGGUGCACAUUGUUCACUGUGUCAGUGGCAACAUUCAGGUUUACAAAACAUAGAUGUCCAGAAGGAAAACAUGUCCCUGAACUCCAAAUUCACUUGUUUCGAAAGUAGGAGCAGCAGAAGUGAUCCACUGACUGAACAGUCAUUGUGACUUUUUUUGUCCUUUCAUCUUUGUCCUUUUUUUUGGCCUCUCAUCACAGAAAUCUGGAAGAAAUUAAAUUCAUUCAAAUGCAGAUGGAAACCUUUGUGCCCCACUGCUUGUUAUGCUAGAUGUUAAUGCAGUCAGACUUAAGCAGUAAGAACAUCUGGAGUCUGAUCCUUUUACUCUCUUGUGCUUUUAGUGUUUUGUGGAGCAGAACUGGUUUCACUUGAUCGGCAUCAUCUGUGGGUUGGCAAUCUACAACUCCACGGUCGUGGACCUUCACUUCCCCCUGGCUCUCUACAAGAAGCUGCUCAACGUGUCGACAACCCUGGAGGAUUUGAUGGAGCUCUCACCCACUGAGGCCAGGUAGAAACACCUCUGAGGAGGAUUAUUUAUUUCCUGGUUGAUGCUUCACUGGCUCUUGUUAGUUUUAAAUGUUUGGUUGGAAGCCUUUUAUGGAGGAUGUUUUCCAAUUUAUAAAAACUGUCAUUGCAAACAGGUAAUGAAAUAUUGUGAAAUUCUGAAAUAAAAGUCACCAAAACAGCUUUUUAAAAAGGCAGGCACCGCUGUGUCAUUGCCUACAUAAACAAUGUUUAUUCAUUUUUAUUGGCUUUAGUAGAUGUGAAAUCAGCUACCACCAGGAAGUGCCCCCUCUCUAACUUUAGAGCAGGAUGAGUCAGCAUAUCCACUGUGUCUAAUUGUGUCCACUUUAUUAUUGAUUUUAAGAUGAGUCAUGUAAGUGCUGCAUGUGGGACUGCUAUGGAGUGUGUUGCCUUCAGGGAGAGCACAUCCAAAAAGAUCCUGAUCUCAUAAACCUUUUAGAGACUUUGUUUCUAAAACGUACCGGAGAAGAUGAAAUGAUAAUUCAGAUUAAAUGAAUUUGUGAUUCCUUUUAGGACUUUAAACUGUCAAGCAGUUGUAAUUCCAUGUCCUCUUUCCACGUCCACUAUUUCUUGAUGGUGUUUUGUUCUCCAGGAAACUAACAACAAAUUCCCUCUGAGUCAUUUUAGCGACCAGGAUACCACCUUACCUUUGAAUGCAAGACAGAGUUUCCAGUUUUCGUUAAUAUUUGAUCCAUGCAGCUGUCAUGCACAGCUGAUCCCUGGUUUUCAAUUUGAAGCCAAACAGAGAGAGAUUAAAACCUGAGAGGACAGGUGUGAGUUGAUGAACUGUUUACUGAGGUUAAAAAAAACAACUGAUAUACUAUGAAUACAGACAGAAAGGAGCUGGUAUGUGAUGGACACUUCUUUCCUACUCCCUGAUGUUUUUAUUUAAUGAUGGAGAUGAUAAUUCUGACAAUGAUUCUGGCCUGAACUAAAAUGAAAAUCGUGUUUGAGGCCGCCGUUACAUGCUCUGUCAUGAAAUAAUUAUGAUCACCCAUUUGUCUUUGUUUUGGUAGGAGUCUACAGCAACUUCUGGACUAUGAAGGGAGUGAUGUGGAGGAGAUGUUUCUUCUCAACUUUGCUGUAAGUACAUUUUACCUCUUAUUCACAUUCGUUGUAACUUAAAACUCCUUAUAAGAAAAUCAAGCCAUCUUGUGAUAUUUGAAAUGUAUAAUAUUACAAAAAUAAAAGAAUAAAGUCAGAGUUUUUCAAUCAAUCAAUCAAUCAAUCAAUCAAUCACUUUAAUUAUAGAGCACUUUUCAUACAUAGGCUGUAUCACAAAGUUCUGUACAUUAAAGAACACAAGAAGGAGAGGAUCAGGGGAUACAAAAUAAAAUACAAAAUAAAAUACAAAUUGCAAAACCCCACCCACCCACCCUCCACACACACACACACACACACACACACACACACACACACACACACACACACACACACACACAACCUUAAACUAAAAUGGGGAAACACUGGAGCUGAAGCUAAACUGAUAAAAUCAUGACAAGAUAUAGGAAACUCAUAAAAUGAUAAAAAAAAUAAUAAAAUAUUAUAUAAUAAAAUUCUUUAAAUCAAUUAAUAAAAGAAAAUAAACAAAUAGUGUUAAAACAUAAAUAAUUCUGGAACUAAAGUGUAGUAAAAUACAUAAAGUACAUAAGAUUUUUGUUCACAGUGAGCAGUCGUAUGUGUGAAACAUAUCAUUAAAUUGUACUUGGUGUUUUGCUGCAUCAGCACCCCAUUGUUACAAGCAUAAGAACUCUGAAAAGACUGAGCAACAAGCUGUGAUUUGUUGUAUCUCCCUUCAAAACAGCAUUAUACUGCCAAUUGUUGACCAAAUUACAACUGAGAAUAAAAUAACUUGGAAGAAAAAUGUAAAUCUACAGAUCACCAGGGAGAACUACGGGAUGACAGAAGUCAAGGAGCUGAUUCCUGGAGGAGAGAGCAUCAGCGUGGACAAAAACAACAGGUGAGGCAGAGCAACAGAUCACAUAUGAAGGCAGCAAUCUUUAAAGAUUAGACCUAAAACCAAUCAACUGUCCCCCUCAAAAUGACCUUGUUUUAGGUUUUAGAAGCGCUCACUCUGUUCUCUCUGAAAGAUCGACAGAUGACUCUGCGCUUUUCUAAUUUAUUUUUUUCCUGCUCUGAGAUUAUCAUGCGCUCACACAGCUGGCAGCUCGUGCCCCUAUUAUUCCAUCUGAAGGUCACGUUCACGUUGGAAACAUCGAAAACAAAAGAUUCUAGCGCAGUCUGCGUCACUCAGUCUACUUUUUUUCUACCAUCAACACCCUGUUUCUUCAGGUCGUCCUUGUGUCAGUGGCAAUGAUCACAGCUUAAUGUGGAGGUGUCUGUGGAGGGUUGCGGGGCGGGUGGUGCCAGCAUGUCUGGCGGCUGGUGUGGAACAGAUGGCAAAAGCAGCUAGGGUUACUGAAAAAAAAUCUUCCUGAUACUCGGAUAUAAAACUACAGCACAACAAGUGAGGGAGGAAAUCAUCGUCCCUGUGGUGUUAAACUCCACAUGCCACACAAACAGUCUGCACCAGAGCUGCAGCUUCAGAGCUCAUUUAUUUGUCACCCUACCCCACAUUGUUGUACAACGCAAAGCAAAUUGUGUCCCUUUGUGGUGAACAAACAAUUAAUGAGGUGAGGAGUUGGACGUGUCAUUGCUGGGAAAAGAGGCUGCUCGGUCAUCUGGUAGUACAAUAUCGCCAUUGAUUUGCUCGACUAUACUAUUGUUGGCAGUGGAUUGUGCUCUUUUGCACUCACUCGCCCUCACAGAUAUUGCCAAAACGCAGGAAAUGGGUAUGAAUGCUAUUGAAUAAAGCAGUCCUGGGGCCUGGCCUUGAAUUGUCGUGUUAUCCUUGCAUGACUGGCCUUUCUACUUUAAGUAAUAACUAAAAAAAAUUUAAAGUAAUAAAACAAAAAGAUGUACUACACUUCUUUUACACAAAGUAUUUUUUAAAUCUUAUUUAUUGGCUUUUAUGCCUUAUUAAAGAGGGUGGAACUGUGAAUAGAACAGGACAGGGAAAAGGGGAUGACAUGUGGCAAAGAGCCAGAGUUGGGAUUGAACCAGAGCCACUCUUCUUAAGGACUAUAGCCUCUGUGCAUGGGAUGCAACAUUUUUACCACCAUAAGACCAAACCUGCACCCUAAUAAAGACGUACAGUACACAGUUGCAUCUCAUAAGAUAAGAAUAUUGACCUAUUUUGAUAUUUUCCAUCAGUUAUUUAAGAAAGGUUUUUUUUUUUAUCUGUUAUAAUUUAAUUCAAUGUGUAGAUAUAUGAAAGAAAAGUUGGCAGAGAGGGGGAGGUUUAGUUGGAUAAGCGCAGCCUUGAGAGGAUAGUGAGCAAAAGUCAAUUUGAGAACUUUUGACAGAUUGAUAAGGAGUGGACUGAGGACUGAGGCUCUUGGCAGCACAUCAAGAGCCGAGGCUGAUGUCCCCAGGAAAGAGGCAGUAACUGUCACAAGGCCAACAUCACGGCACUCCUGAACCAAACAAACAUAUCCUGCUCUCUGUGGAGGCAGCAUUACAUCAACGAAAACUUUUUGGCUGAUUUUCAAAGUUUAACAUAUGUUUAAAGUGUAGUUCAGCUUUUCUUCAGAUGUGAAGUUAAUCUCAGGGAGUUUUCCCAGGUCACAGUAGGGCUGAAGAGAUUAUCCAUUUAAUCAACCUGAGCAACUCCCCAAGUAACGACGUCACCAAGGUGUAAACAAACCCAGAUCAGGCUGGUAAAGGAGGUUGUUGGUGAACAACACAAUGGAGGGGGAAGAGAGUGUUUAAAGUCACACCCACAUGUCUGAAUUAAUGAUUUCCUUCAAAAAAUCACAGCCUAACAAAACAAAUCAAUGAUCUGAGGGUGUACUUAACAUGUGUGUGUUUGUGUGUGUGUUCAGGAAAGAGUUUGUGGAGGCCUACCUGCGCUACGUGUUCACGGACUCCGUGAGUGAGCAGUACUCGGCUUUCUCGGCAGGCUUCCUGAAGGUGUGUGGGGGGGAAAUCCUGUCGCUGUUUCAGCCAUCUGAGCUGAUGGCCAUGGUGGUCGGUAACAACAACUACAACUGGGAGGAGAUGGAGAAGGUCAGUGUGGGGCUUAAACAUCCCCACAUCCCCACAUCUUUAAGAUGAUGUUUAGAGAUUUAACUGAAUAUAUGAAAACUUUGUGCAAACUUCAUAUUGACAGUAUAAACAGGUGAAUUUUAGGUGAAAAACAAGGACAAGGUUUUCAUUGAUACAUCUCCUGUCUGACAGAACGCUGUUUACAAAGGGGAAUUCACGGCCACUCAUCCGACAGUUCGACUGUUCUGGGAGGUUUUCCAUGAGUUCCCUCUAGAGAAGAAGAAGCAGUUCUUACGUAAGCAUUCAAACUUGUGGGUCACAUAAUAGUGAAGCAUACUCUGCUUUAUUGUCAAUGAGAAAAUUGUCCCCCCCUGUGAUCGUAGUGUUCCUGACUGGCAGCGAUCGUAUCCCCAUCCAUGGCAUGGAGAGCCUGCGCAUUGUCAUCCAGUCCACCACAGCUGAGGAGCACUACCUGCCGGUGGCCCACACCUGCUACAACCUGCUGGACAUGCCCUGCUAUCAGACCAAAGACAUCCUGCGCCGCCGCCUCACUCAGGCUGUGGAGCAGUAUGAGGGCUUCAGCCUGGUCUGAGGGGGGAGAUCUGCAGCAGUUUUAAUGCACUUUAACAGCAAUACACCACCAUGUCAGUGUCAAAGGAGUGUAAUGGGGAAAGGUUGCUCUCUCUAUAUACUCUUACAGGAUUGUUGAGAAUCUUAAAUCUGAAAGGUCUAUGUAAAUGCAGAGUAUCAUUGUUUUAAUUGUUUUGGGCUAUGUUUCUUAACCUCUUAAGAGCACUUGAAAAUUUUUUAAAGGCUUCUGUAUGAAUAUUUGUUUGAUAUUAUUAAUCUCUGUUAUACAGAAACAUGACCAUCUGGAAUUGGAUAAUGUUGGGACCUCUGUUAGAAAGCCUGAGAAGGUUGAAAAAAUUCCACAUUUAGGUGUUUGCAUUCUUAAUUUUUUUUUUGUCUUAUUUCCCUUCCUGUUAUUUUACACAGCUGUGUAUUUUAUAUUUAGCUCCUUAAAUUCUAUUUUUCACCGUUAAUGAAUUAGUUGUUACUUUGAAACAAUAUAUCAGUUUUUGUUACUUUUAAUUUAUUAAAUAGAGUGGUUCUAUUUUGACAAAAUAAAUAGUGUGUAUAUAUGUAUGUAAAUAGCUCUUUGAAUAUAAUCUUGGGGAGUGUUUGUCCUGCUGAUCCUUUUUAAUCUGGACACCAGCAUGUCCUCUGUCUGAUCUUAAAGACCAUAGCGGAGAACCAGGCAGAGGUGUGCAGGAUAAAAUGUGGUGAAUAUUAUUUGCAUCCCUCUUUCCUUUUCUGGCUGUAAUAAUACAACAGCUGACUUUGUCUUGAACCUGCAUUCAACAGUGUUGCCUUCUACAGCAAAACCUACAUGAUGAGCUGACUUUCUAAGUUUUGGUAGUUGUUUUGUGUGUGCAUGUUUUUGAGUGAAAGCAAAGAGAUGUGAAACCUCAAGAGACGUCGAAUGAUGAUGAUUAUUUUCUGAUCAAGAGCUGGCUGGAUGAUCUGACUGACCCAUAGAUUUAAUGCAUUAGCAGAAUAGUUUAGCCUUGCUUCAUGACUGGAAAAGUGUUGAUAAUGGCCAGCUUAGCUGAUUCAAGUGGCAACAAAGGAUGGAGUAAUCACAAUACACCAAAAGCGCUGUUUGGUGCUCCAUGCCCAACUUUAGGUAAUUUUGAUCAGCAUCAACCAGUUUUCAGGGCCAGUACUCAGUGUUUGGUUGGAUAUCUGCAGCUGUGUUUCACUGGUGAAAUGGCAUAUACAAGUAGGACAUUAUUUAAACAGUGUACUACUUUGGCUCUGCUGUGUGUCUUUACCCCAGGUCUGUUCUCAAUCACAACUGUCUCUCCUUCUAGCCUGGGUACAGCACAGUCUGAGUUUGUAAUAUUCCAAUUAGCAACAUUUAACAUGACUAAAUACAUAUCGGCUCCAAAUAUCAUUUAUGAACUUGUAAUAAUUAGCCUACUGUUAGUAUUGGCCCUGAAAUUCAAAUAUGAAAUGAUACCUAAUUUUAACCAUAGACUGUAUAUGGACAGUCUAUGAUUUUAAUGCAUAUAGAGGUGACAGAAUCAGAUAGGUAGCUUGUGGUCCGUUUCAUCCACAUUUAAUACGUUAAAAAUAAAAAGGUCUCGUGUUUUAAUUACAGAGCUUUCGUGCUGCUAGUCGGCGAACGUUAAAUAUAUAUAAUACGUAAAAAUGUAUAAUUCUUGAGAGAUUUUGAAAGUUGAAUUUAUCCUGAAAAAAAGGGGCAAAAGAUUUCACACAAAAGAUAUUUUUUGACACAUUUACAGCUAAAAAAGGAGAAUAAUUACAAGGCGGACUGUUAAUAUUAAAGGCUUAAAAGGGUUGAAGCUGCGGUGCAAAACUAGCCUUUCCAGUUGUUUAGCUAGGCUAAGCUAACUCGCUGCUAGCUCAAACUGGAUAUUCAUCAACCGGAAGUAAGAAAUCUAACAGAUCUGUCCCUAUAUGUCAUUUCAUACUAAAUUAUUGGUCCUCAUAAUUAUAACAAUUGUGACUAGCUGAAGUUGCAGGUAUUGAAAUUUUGAAGGUUUGGGGCAGUUUAAUAUUUGAAGUGCAUAUUACACAUUGUGGACUGUGAACUAUAUCUGUGUCACUUGUCUCAAAACUUAUACAAAAACGUUAUGCUGUAUUUAUUCCUACAGUUAAACCCUCCGAUCCAGAAUGAUGUUUAAAUAGGUUGUGCAUCUGUGUGAGUUGUGUGAAAUGGUCCUGCAUAUAUCUAUAUUUUUCUAUAUUUCAGACAGUUGUGACAGAAAGUAUAAGUGUCCUGAGUAGCAGGUCACACAGACUCAUCCAUUUAGCAAUAACAGCCCAGUAUUGUAAAUGAGAUCAUUGUGCUAUUCUUUGAAAGGUCUUAUACACUGGACUCUGAGGGGAGAUUUCUUAAGAUGGUUUGUCCUCUUGCUGGGUGCGAUACUGCAUGUACACACAUUCUACAUAUUCAGUCAGAUUUUGUCUGAUUAAAACAGAUUUUUCCUGCAAAGUUUAGUCCUAUGCAAAGGUUUGUGCAGCCCUCGACUUUUUGCACCUUUUAAUGUGCUACAGGAAAAGUGAUUUGCAUAUUUGUCUGAAAUCUACACAUAUCUCUCUGUUCUAGGCAACUUUUUAAAUAAAUCAAUACCAUGUAAAGUGUG